CCUCUUUAGAAGAUGUCUUUUUCGGCAUUAGCGAUCGCUUUAAACUUCCCUUGGAUUGCAUUUUGCAGAGAUUGUAAAAUCGAACGUGACAAACGCAAUCUGAAGAAAGCAUGGCUCAAAUGGUUAGAAGCCAAUCCGGAGGUGAAGGUGGAGAUGAGAUUCUGGGUCAAGACCCCACACCCAUCGCACCAGCUAUUGGAAGAAGCACCAGUCAGGAAGAAGAUCAGAACCAGCCAUUGAAAAAAUCCAUUCUGAUGAAGGUGAAGGAGAAGGCAAGGAAGUUGCGGAACACCCUAAGUAAGAAGAAACACGAGGAUGUCACAUUGCCGGGGAGUGUUAGCCGGGAAGAGAAGGAAGAAGAAAAUCCUGAGUACCAUGAAGCUCCAAUGCGUGAAUCUGAGCUUGCACCAGAAGCUUACAAUGUGACAGCUAAGCGGAACCAGGCCGCACCUCUAGUAAUCCCUAAGAGGGAUGUUUUAGUGCCAGAAAAAAUGCUCGCACCAGCAAAUGCAACGGUUUCCAAAGUGAAGAUCCAAAGCCCGCCAGUUGCUGCGGCAGCAACUGGAUCAGAGUCAAGUUCUGAGCAGAAAUGCGAUAAGGAGGCAGUCACCAUGAAGGAAUAUCUUAUGCAGAAGUUAGAGCCCGGCGAGAAUGAAAAGGUGCUAUCGCAGGUGAUUUCAGAGGCUAUUAGUCCAACUACAGUGGGCCCCAAUGGGGAAAUGGGUAUGGUUGAUAAGGUGAAAGGAGCUGUUUCUUCGUUGCUCCAUGUUGAAGAACAAUCGAAAAUUCCUAGUCCAACUGCAGUAGGCCCCAAUGGCGAAAUGGGCAUGGUUGAUAAGGUGAAAGGAGUUGUUUCUUCGUUGCUCCGUGUUGAAGAACAAUCGAAAAUUCCAGUCUCAACCAAUCCUCGUGAAGUGGAGAUUGAAGGACCACAUGAAAAGAUACUCCAAACCAACUGAGUGCAUUCAAAGCCUUCUCUAGAGCCGGAGAAAGUGCUGCAGUGAUUAUUUGAGUGUGUACACAUUGUCUAAGUACCAGUAACUACUAUUACAUUUUUGUGUAUUUUUUUAAGGGAUGUUCUUGUGAGGGCGCCUACCCUUUGGCCUAUCAACAAAAAGAAGUGCUUGCUUUUGAGA